UUGGCUGUCAGUUCAAAAUGUUGGUUAUUGCAGGCGAUGCUGUACUGAUGUUUGUGACGUUAAAGAUUUUCUAACAGUAUACUCGAAACAAUUCGCGUUUUGAGCCCGUUAGUUGAUAUUUUGUUCAAAAUUUAUUAAAUAUGGCUGCUGUGAGUUCUAUAUCAAAUGUCGAAAAUUUAUCUCCACAAAUAAUUCGACGUGUAGCUAAGGAAAUGAGCGAAUUAGCAGCACAACCACCCGAAGGUAUUCGUGUUAUUUUGAACGAAGAAGACGUUACUGAUAUUCAGGCUACUAUAGAAGGACCCUCGGGAACGCCGUAUGCUGGCGGUUUCUUCAGAGUAAAAUUAGCUCUCGGUAAAGACUUUCCUCAAGGACCACCAAAGGCAUUUUUUCUUACAAAAAUUUUUCAUCCAAACGUUGCGAAAAAUGGAGAAAUAUGUGUCAAUACUUUAAAGAAGGAUUGGAAAUCAGAUCUCGGAAUAAAACAUAUAUUACUAACUGUAAAAUGUCUAUUAAUAGUGCCAAAUGCAGAAUCUGCUUUAAACGAAGAAGCUGGUAAAUUACUUCUACAAAGGUAUGAUGAUUAUUCGGAGCGAGCGAAAAUGAUGACAGAAAUACAUGCACAGGGAGGUGGAAAAGGCAGCAAAGCAGGUCUGGAAAGUUGUGCUUCCACUGAAGUUGGAGGACCUCUCCCAAAAAAGCAUGCAGGAGAUAAAAAACUAUCAGCGGAAAAGAAAAAAAUGUUAAAAGACAAGAAGAGGACACUAAAAAGAUUAUAAAAAAAAUAACGUCAUUUAUCUAUCUUUUAUAAUUUAAAACACUGGUGUGGUAAUGUUGCCUCUAUUGUACACAAUUAUUGCAUAGUAAAAAUUUAUUAUCUAAACUCGA